UCCGCUAUAUAAGGGCGGCGCAGGCGGUGCCCGGAUCUCUUCGGCCGCCAUUUUCUCCCCCGCGCGGUUCUCAGUCGCUCUCCGUUCUUUAGCCGCCCCGCCAUGGAGGACGCCACCGAGAUGAGCGGCGGCGCGGAGGAGUUCGCCGAAGGUUCCAAGAUCAACGCCAGCAAGAACCAGCAGGACGACGGGAAAAUGUUCAUCGGCGGCCUGAGCUGGGACACGAGCAAGAAGGACCUGACCGAGUACCUGUCCCGAUUCGGAGAGGUGGUGGACUGCACCAUCAAAACCGACCCGGUGACCGGCAGGUCGCGGGGGUUUGGGUUCGUGCUUUUCAAGGAUGCUGCCAGCGUGGAGAAGGUGCUGGAGCUGAAGGAACACAAGCUGGAUGGAAAGCUGAUCGAUCCCAAGAGGGCGAAAGCCCUCAAGGGGAAAGAGCCACCCAAGAAGGUGUUUGUUGGUGGGCUGAGCCCAGAUACCUCUGAAGAGCAGAUCAAGGAGUACUUCGGUGCUUUUGGAGAGAUUGAAAACAUUGAGCUUCCCAUGGACACAAAGACGAACGAAAGAAGGGGCUUCUGCUUUAUCACGUACACAGAUGAAGAGCCAGUAAAGAAGUUGCUAGAAAGCAGAUACCAUCAGAUUGGUUCAGGCAAGUGUGAGAUCAAAGUAGCGCAGCCCAAAGAGGUGUACAGGCAACAGCAGCAGCAGCAGAAAGGAGGAAAAAGCAAUGCAUCUGGUGGACGAGGUGGUGGAAGGGGACGUGGGCGAGGUCAGGGACAAAACUGGAAUCAAGGAUUUAAUAACUAUUACGAUCAAGGCUAUGGGAACUACAAUAGUGCUUACAGCGAUCAAAGCUACAGUGGCUAUGGAGGAUAUGACUACUCUGGGUACAACUAUCCCAAUUACGGAUAUGGACCGGGAUACACAGAUUACAGCGGACAACAGAGCACGUAUGGAAAGGCAUCCCGUGGUGGCGGCAAUCACCAAAACAACUACCAGCCAUACUAAAGCUGUACCUUGUCCCUGAGGAAACAGGUGUGUACAUGAGCGCGAGGUCCACUCCGAGUAUGCUAAUCUAAUUUAAAGAUCAAUAGACAAAUGAGUAAAACCUUGCGUAGUGUGACUUCUUUUCUUUAAUUAAACUUUUGUUAACUUAAAAAUACCUUUUUUUUUUAAAACCAGCUUUGCCUACCGUGUCUAUAGAUCUUUAACUUUGUAAAAACGUGACUUUAUCUUCUUUAGUACUUCAGAAAAACAUAAGAGUUUUUCUGUUUUGCGUUGUGUACCAGGUGAUCUAGAGGAAUAAUUAAACUUAUUAGAAGUAUUAACAGGUAAAGUACUGAAAUGGGUACAACUUAAGGAAAACAAGAAUGUUAUCUUCUAACUCUGACAUUAUACCUUGUUUGUACCCGCCAGCGGGAACUUCAUUGCAGGCCGUGUGUCACCCUGACCACGUCUAUCUCUGGGGUCGCACGUUGCAGGCAGAGCGCAAGGCAUACACCAGAAAACGCUGUCCUGUGGUAUGGUCUCUUCCAACUUCAUGUACCAGCGUAAAGAUUAAAGUGGAAAACUUCAGACUAUGGCUUCUUUUUUUUAAUCUUUUUGGAGACUAAGUGUCUUAACUUAAAUGGUUUUUUGCAGGAGUUAAAGUACAUAAAUGCCUUUACAGCUUAAUCAUUUGGUCUUCUGUUUAGUGUUGUAUUUCAAUUGUGGAACCUCAUUUUAAGUGUGCAUUGUUUAAGAUUUAAUGCUUGCUUUUUUCUUUUUAUAGCUAAUAGUGAAAUCUGCAAACCAAAACGAACUUUUAAAUCUGGAAAGACAUUAAAGAUCAUAUGCACGUGAACUGUUGGAAGUACACCAACCUGAUCUGUUCGUUUAUCUGUAUGAAUGAUGGUCGUGCAAAUAAUGGGAAACCCCUUUUUUGGCAGCGUUUCCAGAGAAAAAUCUGAUCCAGAGCCCGAUAAUGAUCUGAACUGGGAUGUGUGUUGUUCUGGAACAGCUUCCCGAAUGGCAGUACUUGGGAAGACAAAUUAUAUCAGUGGGUAACAAAACCUCUUGUGUUACCUUAAGGAAUAUGCAUAUGAUCUUUAACAGUGACGAAAGGAAUAUAUAGAAGACUUAAAGCAGUUCAUGAAAAUGGACCUUUUAACGAUUCUUGUAGUAUUUUGCAGAGAGCUGACAUGUAUUUUGUCUUCGUUUUUAGGUAGAGAUGCUGCAGCAAAGACACCUUGCAAAGCAUCGGGCGUCAGUGGAGGGUGGUCUACGUGAGAGGAAAUGACUAUUUUGUAAAAGACUUUUAGUGUACGACACAACUGUGUCCAACUGUAUAUAGCGGCCGACUAGUUUUCUUUUAUGGUUUUUACUUUUUUUUUUUUUUGCCAUUCAUGUUACGAAUGUGGAAUUGUGUUUAUACAAAGUUUAUUUGUAUAAUUUCAUGUUAAAGGAUUCUCUAAUAAAUGCUUCCUGAAGUUGAAUGUA